ACUGUUCAACGCCAUCGAGCAAACGCCGCACACAACGAUCAGCCAUCAGACUACUACAGGAUUAAUGUGUUCUAUCCAUUUAUAGAUCACGUUGUCGGUGAACUUGAAACGAGAUUUUCAGUCCAGCACGAAGGCCUGAUUACCGCUCAAAACCUGUUCCCUUUGUACUUGCCCAAGUUAACUGACAGGCAUAUCGAGAAGAUCAAGAACUACUUCAGCAAGCAUCUAGAUUUCUCGGAGAAGUCUAAUUUUGACGCAGAGCUGGCAAGGUGGAGGAUGAAACACGCGAUGGAGCCAGAGUCAGAACAAGAGGGAGCAAUGCCUGAUUGCAGUCCGCAAGAAUUUCCCGCCAUUCACAAGGUGCUGUCGAUCUAUCUAACCACGCCUGUCGGAAGCGUCAGUUGCGAACGCUCCUUCUCAGCACUACGCCGUCUAAAGUUAUGGACUCGGUCAUCAAUGAGAGAAAAUCGAUUAAGUGGCCUUGCUAUGCUGUUAAUUCAUCGCGGAACGGACUUCAUUCCCACUCCAAAAGAGAUCUAUGACAUGAAGUCAAAUUGGAGAAGAAUCUAG